AUGGAUUUCACAAAAACUCACCUUGUUCUCCUCAUUGUCUCAACAACUUUGCUUUUUGCACCCACCACCGAUGCUGUUCGUACCACCCAAGCUCGCGUUUGGACAAUAUGCAAACCAACAACAAACCCAUUGCUAUGUUACAAAACAUUAUUACCAAAAGCAUUAUCUACUCCUAAAUUCAACAUGUACAAAGCUGUUGAUGUUGAGAUUGAAGAAGCACAAGCUCAGGUCAUUAAAACAGGUGCUAAAAUUGCAAAUUCAAUCUUUACAUCAUCCGAUAAAAACAUCGCUAAUGCACUCACAAUUUGUAAGGAACAAUAUGGUAACAUGGUAGAUUCUUUAAUCGAAGUCAUUACACUAGUGUCCAAACGCAAUGCUGUGGAAGCAAGGUUUAAAUUUAGCGCGUUUAUUUCUUACCAUUCAUCUUGUGAACAGGCGUUUGUUGAAAGUAAAAACGCUAUUCCACCUUUUGCCGAUGAUGCUAAAGUUAUUUAUGAUCUUGGUGCAAAUAUUCUUGAUAUAUUGAAAGCCAUUGAAGAUAGAGAGACUAGGCUUGCACAACAUUAA